AAGAACAAGAGUACAGUUCUGUGCAAACACACUCGAGAGACAUUCUUGUGAAUGACACAGCUUUAGAGAAAUGGCUUUCAGGACUCUGCAAUCAAAUGUCUGCCUGCUUCUCCUAAUCUCAAUCUGCUUACACUUCAUCACAGAUAACAGGACCGCUGCAAUGUCCCAUCGUGAAAAAUGUGAGUGUGUUGAGGAAACUGGCUCAGUGCAAUGGAGAAAAAUUACAGACUACACGAUCAGACAGAAAGAACCUCUUUGCAACAAGGUUCAAAUCAUACUCCAGCUGUCAGGUAAACAAGCUUGUCUAAAUCCAGACUCCAAGCAGGGGAAAAAAAUGCAAAAAUGCUGGAAAAGGAUUAAAUUCAACACACAGAGGAGGAAGGUCUGUCUGCAGCUCAAGAAGAAGAAUAGACCAAAAAAGCCCAAGAGGCUGUAAUUCAACAGUCUCUACCUUUUCUGUAUAGAAAGACUAUGGGCCCUAUUUUAACGAUCCAAGCGCAUGGUCUAAAGUGCACAGCGCAAUUGCGCUUAAAGGGA